AUGAUACCUCAGUAUAUCCUCUUGCCACUGUUGGCAUCAUACAGCACAGCUGUCCAGAUUUCUGUUGCAAAAUCCGGCGGCAAUGUGACAAGUGGACUGCAGUAUGGUGCGAUGGAAGAGAGAAUCAACCACUGCGGUAAAGGAGGCCUCUACGCAGAAUCAAUCCGAAACAGAGCAUUCCAAGGUAGCGCCAAGUAUCCAUCGUCACUGGAUACGUGGUCGGCUGUAGGCGACUCAUCGCUGUCCCUUCAGAGCCUUAGCAGCCCACUUUCCUCUGCUCUUCCAACCUCGGCCAAGGUAAAAGGAAACCGCACCGUUGGUCUGAGCAACGAGGGUUUCUGGGGAAUUGAUAUACGGCCCCAGAAGUAUAGUAGAUCGUUUUACGUCAAGGGCGCGUACAAGGGAGAGUUCACGGCAUCUCUCAAGUCAGCGACUAGCGAAAAGACCCUCGCUAGCGUCAAAGCGCGCUCAAAGAGUGUUGUCGACGACUGGGUGCAGCAUAAAUUUGUUCUCAGCCCAACCAAAGCUGCUUCGGAUACAAUCAACACGUUUUCACUCACCUUCGAUGCUUCGAAAACAUCGGAUAGCUCGCUCCACUUCAACUUAAUUAGUCUAUUCCCGCCAACAUGGAAUGAUCGUCCCAACGGAAUGCGAAAGGAUUUAAUGCAAGCUUUGAAAGAUCUUGGCCCUAGCUACCAGAAAACUCUUCGGUUAGGUUUAGUCGAGUACAUGGAAUGGUGUGACGACCUUGAGAUGGAGCCAAUCCUCGGCGUGUGGGCUGGGCUCGCCGUGAAUGGCGAUGUUGUUCCUGAAGCCGACCUCGAUUCCUACAUCGGAUACCCAGAGCCGUGGAAAAUCCGAUAUGUGGAGGUUGGCAAUGAGGAUAACCUCAACAACGGACUUAGCACAUACAAAGCAUACCGGUUCUCGGCAUUCUACAACGCCAUCACGGCCAAAUACCCGGACAUCCAAGUCCUGGCCUCAACUAUUGACAUGACUAUCCCGGGCAAGGCGGGCGGUGAUUAUCAUUUGUAUGAUAUUCCAGACAACUUUAUCACCAAAUUCGACAUGUUCGAUAGCUUCUCUCCCGAGCAUCCGAUUCUGCUUGGUGAGAUCGCUGCGACCGAGUAUAACAACGGCGUUGGCGUCGACUGGAGCAGCAUUGACUUCUCUCUAUAUCCGUGGUGGAUCGGGUCUGUUGCCAAAGCUGUCUUUCUGGGUGCCGAGCGAAAUGCAGACAAGAUCAUCGGGGCGACCUAUUCCCCAACCAUGCUGUCUUUCAACGCCGACCCAGACCAGACAGUGCGCUCGACCAGUUGGCAUGUUUACAGCCUCUUCAAUCACAACCACCUCACCAAUACCCUUCCAGCAACUUCCCCUGAUGCCUUCGGUCCACUGUACUAUGUCGCUGGUCACGACAACCAAACUAGCUCGCACAUAUUCAAAACUGCCGUCUACAACAGCACAGCCGAUGUCCCUGUCUCGCUGUCUUUUGAGGGCGUCGGCCGUGGUUCAACGGCGAAGUUGACUGUGCUGACGGCGCCGGAUGCCUAUUCCAUGAAUGAGGUGGGCGGUCCCAACUUGGUUCACAGCCAGACAACCCGGAUCAAGGCUGGAAAGAAGGGUGUGCUUAGCUUCAAGCUGCCCAACCUGAGUGUUGUGGUGCUGAAGACGGAUGUUUGA